ACCAAAAAAAAUCAAUAUUUUAUAAAAGAAAAAAAAAUGGAUCGAACUGGAGGGUGCUGUAUAGCGCGGUACGCCGGGGGUGCAUACGAUAUCUCUAAGGUGGAUACGAUAAUGCGGAGGUUUCGUCCAAUCGCUCCGAAACCGGCUUCCACCAACGGAUCUGUUUCCGGCGGCGGAAGCUCCAGCUCUGCCUCUCCGGAGAGCAGCGGAGCGGCUUCUGUGAAGACCGGACGCCGCAAGAGGAGGCAUGCCGCUGUGAGCUGUGGUCGGAAGAAGAGGAGGUGUUCGCCUGAGAAGAAGGAGAUCAAGACGCUGCCGCUGCUGCCGGAGGCGCCGGUGGUGAGAGAGUCGGCGGCGGUGGUAUCGAAGCCGAAGUAUCCUCAGUGGCUGAGCUUCGAGAACGGGGGGCGGGAGGUGGAGCGGAGGGUGGUGGCAGCGUCGUGGGUGAAGGUCGAAUGCGUGACGGACACGUGGAUGGCGGAUUUGUAUCCGUACGGGGAUGGGGAGAGGGUGAGGAGGCUGGAGGGUGACGCGUGUCCGGGUUUCGUGACGGACGGGUUGAGGAGGGUGAGGUGGACGAACCCGGCGUACAGGCGGAUGGCGGCGGGGGAGGAGGAGGGGGAGGUGGCGGCGUGGGUGGUGGUGGAGGAGGGGGUGGCGCUGCCGGCGCUGUGCGCGGGGUUCACGUGCAAGGUGAGGGUGGUCACGUGCGGGAACGAGAAGGCGUCCAAAACGGUGCCGUGCGACGUGUGGAGAAUGGAGUGUGGAGGGUUUGCAUGGAGGCUCGAUACCGCGGCGGCGCUCUCGCUAUGGAUCGGUAAUUAGGUUGAUUAACCCGGAUUAGCAUCUUCUUAAUCUCUAAGAGUUGUCUUCUUUCUCAUAACCAUCGCUUCUUGUAAAUUGUAAAUUGUAAAUAGUUCUUUUCUUUUGGUUCUUUUUUUUGUUUCAGUACCCCUUUCUUUGUCUCCGGAUCAAUUAUAUGACAUGAAAUCGUGCUUUUUAUUAUACUGUAUGUCCUAAUGUCGAACUACCA